GCAAAAACAGUUUUUCGUUUCUUUCUCGAAAACUAAGAGUUGUCCAAGAAAACGGGUAGCAUAUUCGGAAUCCUCGUGGAAUUGCGAAUCAGAAUAAGUAUUUUGUUUCUCUUAUUUUCAGCCCGAUGGAAAAUUGAAUGUUUUGCUAUGGAAUACUACACAUCUUCUUGGAAUGUGUUUAGGUGCUCAAUUGUUAGCUGAUGUUUGUGGUGGUGAAUCAUUCAAAGAUGAUGGAAAUUCGGAUCCAAUAUUAUCACGAGUAUCUUCCAGUAAACAACAAAGUCCGUUAUUAAUUACACAGCAUGGUGAUACAUUUUCUCUUUCACCAUCGGCUAUUAUAUUAGCUUAUACAUCAAAUAAUUAUACAGCUGCUUAUCGGAUCAAUAAAGCAUUUUGUAUACAAUUUCACCUUGAAAAAAGUGUUGAAGAAUUUAAUGAAUCGGUACAUCGUGCUUUGAGCAGCCAGAUAUAA